UCAACUAACGAACAACGACGGUGAAUAUCAACUUUUCACUCUUCCCCUUCAAAUGUUUGGUCACGAGUCAUGAGUUCUUCAUCCCGUAAGGUUAUUUCUCUUAUGUGCUCCUCAUUUCAGCUUCCCCUCUUUCUUAUCUGUGCCACCCUACAUGGAUUAUUAGGUUUCCGUCUCUAGUAUCCACAGUCUUCUGAUUCGCAGAUCAUCUUUUGAUCAUCGAGAAUCCCCACGAGGUACGACCUCUCUUUACUCUGUUUUCUCCUUCUUCGCUGUCUUCAGUCUUCACCAAAGUCAACACAGUAUGUCCCCCAACAUGACUACAUCCAACUCAGCUCGAAACAAUGUCGUUGAUAUCAUUAAACAAUCAACCCCAGUAGAUACCACAAGUCCAUACGAUGCUGGAUGGGUAGCAGGGAAAACAAUCAUUAUAACAGGUGGAGCGUCGGGAUUUGGUGAAGGAUUCUUUAGGAAAUGGGCCGAGAAUGGAGCAAAUGUCAUAAUUGGGGACGUCAACGGUACAAGAGGGAAAGCAUUGGUCGAGGAGGUACGCAAGGGGACUGCCAAUCAGAAUCAUCAUUAUUUACAUUGUGACGUUACAAAUUGGCAAUCACAAGUCGACUUCUUUCGUACAGCUGCCGAGCUAAGUCCUUCUAAAGGUAUUGAUGCUGUGGUAGCCAAUGCAGGAAUCACAGAGGAGGCCAUGAGCUUUCAACAUCCUUUGAAUUUAGAUGCAGCGGAACCGCCCAAGCCGAACUUUAAAGCUUUUGAAGUUGAUUUACUUGGAGUUAUGUAUACUGCACAUUUGGCCAUGUGGUAUCUUCCUCGAAAUCCUAGGUCACAAAAAGCCGAUCCAUCCAUAACACCUGGUCCAAAUACACCCGAUAGACAUUUACUUUUGAUUGGAUCAGUAGCAUCUAUCGUUCCUUUUCCUGGACAAGUUCAAUAUGCAGCGGCAAAACAUGGUGUCCUAGGAUUAUUUCGCUCAUUGAGAUCUACGGCUUUUUUUAGUGGUAUUCGAGUCAACAUGUUAUGUCCCUAUUUCAUCGAUACACCUUUGAUACCUACAGAAGCUAGAUUAAUAUUGGCGGGGGGAGCGAUGGGCAAACCGGAAGAUGUUGUAGAUGCUGGCACAAGACUGAUGGCAGACGCAAGGAUCGUUGGUAGAGCUUUGGUUAUUGGUCCAAAGGUUCGAGUGGAAGGGGAAUUCAACUUGUUGCCGGAAACAUCAAAAGAUGGAAAUGAAAAGGCUGUAUGGGAAGCUUAUGCGGAUGAUUGCAUUGAACUUGAGGCCUUUGGCGCAAGGUUUGUGAGGUUACUUAAUACAGUUGAGACGAUGAGAGGUUGGAGAGGAUGGGUGAUGGAUAUUGGAAAGGCAUUGAUGUAUCCCAUACGCUCCGCUUUGGGCAGAUGAAUACAUAUCGGGGAAUUCACCAUAUGUAACGAGAGGUCAAGAUGGGCUAUAUUGGAUUUGAUUUUGUGUUUGAGUUAAAGGUCCGUAUGUCAUUCAAGUGCAUAGGUUUCACUAAGACAUUGAGAAGUGUGUUAGACGGGAUGCAUUAAGUAUAAUUCAAGAAUUAGGUCGAGUGAAAGGAGCGAUGUAUUUAUAUAUACUUUCCACAUUCAAUACAAUUUUACAUAAAGGCAACAAAUCGAGUUGAUUCUGGGC